GAAAUCGAAAAAGCUUACCAAAUGAUCAGACAGGAACAGUCUAAUUUAAAUCCUGACCUUGGAGAACUCAUCCCAGUUCCUCUAUACCCCACAAAACAAGACCUAAUUCCCAAGCCAAAUCAAGACAAACAGAAAUGCUGCAAAAAAUAUAGAAGAAAAGUGCUGCUCACCACAAGCUUUGGAGAAUCUUUGAUUUGGAUUAAAAAUGUAACUUUUGUCAUUGAUGUCGGGAUUGAAAGAAGAAAGGUGUACAAUCCUAGAAUCAGAGCAGACUCUGUUAUAACGCAGCCUAUCAGCAAAAGUCAAGCAGAGAUGCGUAAACAAAUUCUGGGCAUGUCUUCAUCAGGAAAACUUUUCUGCUUGUAUCCUGAAGAAUUUACUUACAAAGAAAUGAAACCACAUGUACCAGCCAAAAUACAGGAAUCCAACCUAACUAGCAUGGUUCUCUUCCUGAAGAGGAUGGAUAUAGCAGGCUUAGGACACUAUGACUUCAUAAGCAGGCCAGCUCCUGAAAGCCUGAUGCAGGCUUUGGAAGAUCUUGAUUAUCUAGCAGCCCUGGAUAAUGAUGGAAACCUUUCUGAAUUUGGAAUUAUUAUGUCAGAAUUUCCCCUGGAUCCACAACUGUCAAAGUCAAUUCUGGCUUCGUGUGAAUUUGAGUGUGUUGAUGAAAUGCUCACCAUUGCGGCCAUGGUAACAGCUCCUAAUUGCUUCUUACACGCACCUCCUGGCACAGAAGAGAUUGCUCUCACUUGCUGGCGAAAAUUCUCACACCCUGCAGGAGAUCACUUUACCCUUAUCAAUGUCUUCAACGCCUUCAAGGAAGCCAGUGCAAACUCUGCAAGCCAAUACUACAGUAAUGAGAAAUGGUGUCGUGAUUAUUUUCUAAGCUGUUCUGCACUGAGGAUGGCAGAAAUUAUCAGAGCGGAACUAGUAGAGAUUAUGAAGCGUAUUGAACUUCCUAUUUCAGAACCGGACUUUGGAUCAAAAGAAAAUAUACUAAGCAUUAAGAAAUCUCUCUUAUCUGGUUACUUUAUGCACAUUGCUCGUGAUGUAGAUGGCUCAGGUAACUACUUAAUGUUAACACACAGACAAGUGGCCCAGCUUCAUCCUUUCUCAUCAUAUUAUAACACCAGAAAGAUUCCUGAGUGGGUUUUAUUCCACGAGUUUAGUAUAUCAGAAGACAAUUCCAUCAGAGUCGUCUCCGAGAUAUCACCCGACCUAUUCGUGGAGCUGGUACCUCAGUAUUAUUUUAGCAAUCUUCCUCCUAGUGAAAGUAAGGAUAUUCUGCAGGAAGUGAUCAAUCACUUGUCACCUGCUUCAACUAUGAAGGAAGAACAG